UUUAGGUUACCCAAUUCCAUUGCUUCCUCCAGGAAUUAGAAGAAGCUGAUACAUACACUCAUUUCUGUUUUUAUUAAAGAGCUUUCAAAUUCUACAAUUUUGGGUCAUGAAGGGAUUGGUUCAGACACGUCUUCCUCUUCUUCUAGAAAGAGCAGGUACUCCAAGAAAUCAUGUUUUCUUGUCUUGCUGUGAACGAGUCUUUUCAAGUGUCAGUGAUGGGAAAGUCUCUUUCUCUUAUAGAGAGAGAUUGAGAAGUGGACUUUUAGAUUUUAAGGAAGAUGAUGCUGUUGAUCUCUUCCAAUCCAUGAUUAGGUCUCGUCCUCUUCCCACUGUCAUUGAUUUCAAUAGAUUGUUUAGUGCUGUUUCCAGAACAAAGCAGUAUGAUCUCGUUUUAGCUCUCUCCAAGCGAACGGAGUUGGUUGGGAUUGCGUAUGACUUGUACACCCUAAGUAUUAUGAUCAAUUGCUUCUGCCGACGCCGAAAACUAGGUUUCGCUUUUUCUGUUUUGGGGAAGAUCCUGAAACUUGGGUAUGAGCCUGACACAAUCGCAUUUAACACUUUACUCAAUGGCUUAUGUCUCGAGGGCCGAGUUUCCGAAGCGGUGGGGUUAGUUGAUCGAAUGGUAGAAAUGGGACAUACGCCCAAUGUCAUUACAAUCAGCACUUUGGUCAAUGGACUUUGUCUCAAAGGUCAAGUGUCUGAAGCUGUGGUUUUGAUCGAUCAGAUGGUGGCAAAUGGCUUUCGACCUGAUGAAGUUACCUAUGGACCUGUUUUAAAUGUGAUGUGCAAGUCUGGCAAAACUGCUUUGGCCAUGGAGUUGCUCAGAAAGAUGGAAGAAAGAAAGAUGAAGCUCGAUGCAGCCAAAUACAAUGUCCUCAUUGAUGGGCUUUGCAAAGACGGGAGCCUCGACGAUGCAUUCAACCUAUUCAAUGAAAUGGGUUUGAAAGGGAUCAAAGCUAAUGUUAUUACCUACACCUCUCUCAUAAGAGGCUUCUGUAAUGCUGGUAGAUGGGAUGAUGGUGCGCAAUUGCUUAGGGAUAUGAUCACAAGGAAUAUCACCCCCAACAUUGUCACAUUCAACUCUUUGAUUGAUAGUUUUGUGAAAGAGGGAAAACUUCCAGAGGCCGAAGAACUGUACAAGGAGAUGAUUCUACGAGGUAUAGCUCCUGAUAGUUUUACAUAUACUUCUUUGAUAGAUGGGCUUUGCAAGGAGAACCGCCUAGACGAGGCAAACCAGAUGCUGGAUCUGAUGGUUAGCAAAAGGUGUGACCCUGAUAUCGUUACUUACAGUAGUCUCAUAAAUGGUUAUUGUAAGGCCAAGCGGGUCGACGAUGGUUUUCAAUUGUUCCGCAAAAUGUCUUUGAGAGGAGUGGCUGCUAAUACAGUUACUUAUAGCACUCUAAUCCAAGGGUUUUGCCAAUCGGGAAAACUUGAGGUUGCCAAAGAACUCUUCCAAGAGAUGGUUUCUCGUGGUGUUCCUCCUAAUAUUGUGACUUACAAAAUUUUGCUGGAUGGGUUGUGUGACAAUGGGGAAAUAGAAAAAGCAAUGGAAAUUUUUGAAAAAAUGCAAAAGAGUAAGAUGGAACUUGAUAUUGGUAUCUAUAACAUCAUCAUUCACGGGAUGUGCAAUGCUCGUAAGGUGGAUGAUGCUUGGGAUUUAUUCUGUAGUCUACCAGUUAGAGGAGUGAAGCCCGAUGUUAAGACAUAUAACGUAUUGAUUGGAGGACUGUGUAAGAAAGGCUCACUGUUUGAAGCGGACCUGUUGUUUAGAAAAAUGGAAGAGGAUGGGCAUGCUCCAAACGACUGUACAUACAACACUCUAAUCCGAGCACAUCUCCUAGUUAGUGAUGUAAUCAAAUCAGCUCAACUCAUCGAAGAAAUGAAAAGGGGAGGGUUCGCUGCUGAUGCGUCCACUAUAAAAAUGGUUAUGGAUAUGUUAUCGGAUGGUAGAUUAAAGAAAAGCUUUUUGGAUAUGCUUUCUUGAAUGCCUACGAGAAACCCCUGGUUGGUUCUGUUUCAUCUAAACCCAUAACAGAGUAGUAGUAAUUAGCUAUGAACAAUUUAGUUUCUGUUCUAAUAAUGUAACUGAUUGAUGUUUUUAAUGAAUCGUUCCUCCUUCUGGACAUGUUUCAGAUCCAAAGAAGGACAAUUCAUAGGGUUGUUAGUUCUCUUUGUUUCUUUAGUUGGCAGUGAAGUUCGAAACAGUUAAGCGUUCUCUUGCUUCCUCUUUAUAUUUGAAAACUCGAUAUAUAGUG